CUAGGUGUGAGUCCAGCUCAUAAUGAGCGAGUCUGCAGCACAUGGGGUAACUACCACUUCAAAACCUUUGAUGGGGACAUCUUUCAGCUGCCAUCUACAUGCAACUACAUUCUGGCCUCUCAGUGUGGGAGCAGUUAUGACGAUUUUAAUGUCCAGAUGAGGCGUCAGGUGGUGAAUGACAAACCUACCAUCAGUAAGAUCACAAUGAAGCUGGAGGGGACAGUGUUGGAGAUCACCAAGUCCUCCAUCAGUGUGGAGGGGAAAACGGUGACCCUUCCAUAUAGUCACGGAGGAGUUCUUAUUGAGAAAAGUCCCUCUUACAUUAAAGUCAUGGCCAAGCUUGGACUGGUGGCAUUGUGGAAUGAGGAUGACUACUUGAUGGUUGAAUUAGACAACAAAUACAAAAAUCAGACUUGUGGUCUGUGUGGAGACUUCAAUGGAGUUCAACUCUACAAUGAGUUCUUUAAAAACGGUGUAAGGAUUUCUACAUCUGACUAUGGACAGUUCUGCAAAAUGGAUGGUCCUACAGAAAGCUGUACUGAACAACUGCCAACCUCAGAUAAGACAUGCAGCAAUCUGACAUCAGUUUGUGAACAGCUGCUCACCGGUCCAGCUUUCAGUGGCUGUAAAGACUUGGUGGCUCUUGAUUCAUUUGUCAAGGCCUGUGAGGCGGACAUGUGUCACUGCAAUGACAGCUCCAGUUCCUUCUGCCUGUGCAACACCAUCUCUGAGUACUCACGCCAGUGCAUUCAUGCAGGAGGAACACCUGAAGAGUGGAGGACAGAGCAGUUCUGCAGAAAAUCUUGCCCUAAUAACAUGGUGCAUCGGGAGUGUGGCAACCCAUGUGUGGACACCUGCUCAAACCCUGAUGGAGGAAAUGUGUGUGAGGAACACUGCAUCGAUGGGUGCUUCUGCCCCACAGGCUAUGUACUUGAUGACCUCACCAAUAGAGGUUGCAUUGCUGUGAAUGAGUGUCCAUGUCUCCACAAUGGAACAAUAUACAAACCUGGUCAAUCCUAUUCAACCAACUGUAAAGAAUGCACUUGUAUUUCGAAUCAGUGGAGCUGCGUUGAAAAGGAUUGCCCUGAGACUUGCUCUGUAGAGGGUGGGUCCCAUAUUACCACCUAUGAUGGGAAGGUGUACAACUUCCAUGGAGACUGCACCUAUGUUCUCACUAAGGGAUCAAAUGGGACUGAUUUCACAGUUUUGGGAGACUUAAUAAAAUGUGGCCUAACAGAAACUGAGACCUGUCUGAAGGCUGUUACUCUGGCUAUAUCAGGAGGAUCAACAGUAUUCAACAUCCAAUCUGAUGGAAAGGUUUUUGUAAACAGAAUCUAUUCUCAGCUGCCAAUCUCAACAGCCGGAGUGAAUAUUUUUAAACCUACAACAUUUUUCAUCGUCGUCCAGACCUCCUUUGACAUGAAGUUAGAAAUCCAACUCAUACCAACUAUGCAGGUUUACAUAACUUUGGGAGUCUCUCACAAGCAGACAACAAGUGGUUUGUGUGGUAAUUUCAAUAAUGUCCAGGCCGAUGAUUUCACGACCAUGAGUGGAGUGAGGGAAGGCACAGGUGUGGGUUUUGCUAACACUUGGAAAACUAGAGCCAACUGCCCUGAUGUCAAGAGCAGUUUUGAAAAUCCCUGCAGCCUGAGUUUGGAAAAUGAAAAAUAUGCCCAGCACUGGUGUUCUCUACUGUCAGACCCCAAUGGGAUAUUUGCUCAGUGUCACAGUGAAAUUAACCCAGAUGUCUUCCGAGAGAACUGCUUGUAUGACACUUGCAACUGUGAGAAAAGUGAGGACUGCAUGUGUGCUGCCCUCUCCUCCUAUGUACAUGCUUGUGCUGCCAAAGGGGUCCUCCUCAGUGGUUGGAGAGAUAUUGCCUGCAAUAAAUAUGCCACCAGCUGCCCUAGCACCAUGGUCUACUCCUACAAUGUCACAAACAAUGAUCGCUCCUGCCGCUGCCACAGUGACCCUGACUUCACCUGUGCAGCAACUUUUGAACCUGUAGAUGGGUGUAUAUGUGCUGAGGGAACCUACUUAGAUGAGGGGGGUAAAUGUGUCCCGCCAACUAGCUGUUCCUGUUACUACAAGGGAUCAGUGGUUCUCCCUGGGGAAGUCAUUACUAAGGACAAUACAAUGUGCACCUGCAAGGCUGGCCAGCUUAGCUGCAUUGGAGAACAAGGCAAUCAGCCAUCAGCUUGUCCAGGACCUAUGUUUUUCUUCAACUGUUCCAAUGCCGAGCCAGGAUCUAAGGGGUCAGAGUGUCAGAAGAGCUGCAACACUUUAGACAUGGCUUGUAUCAGUACAGAGUGCAUCUCAGGCUGCGUUUGUCCUCAUGGACUUGUGGCUGAUGGCAGUGGUGGUUGCAUUGAAGAGGAUCUUUGUCCCUGUGUUCACAAUGGCAUCAUCCACCAGCCUGGUGACAAUAUCAAAGUUGACUGCAACACCUGCACUUGUAAGGGUCGACAAUGGCAGUGCACAACAAACUUGUGUCAUGGAACUUGCACCAUUUAUGGGAAUGGGCAUUUUAUCACCUUUGAUGGGAAGCGAUACAUUUUCGAAGGAGACUGUGAAUACAUCCUAGCGACGGAUUACUGUGGCCAUGGCAAUGCCAGUGGCACAUUCAGAGUCAUCACUGAGAACAUCCCUUGUGGAACCACAGGCACCACCUGCUCUAAGGCAAUCAAGAUUUUCCUCGGGAGCAAUGAACUUGUACUCACAGAUUCAAGUUAUCAAGUUAUCAAAAGACACACAGGAGAAGACAUCCCCUACCACAUACACACUAUAGGAAUUUACUUGGUGAUUGAGGCCGAAAAUGGUCUGAUCUUAAUGUGGGACAGGAAAACAAGCAUGUUCAUUAAAAUCAGUCCAGAAUUCAAGGGCCAGGUUUGUGGUCUGUGUGGAAAUUAUGAUGGGAACACAAAUAAUGACUUCACUUUAAGAAACCAAGAAGUUGUCAUCAAUGCUCUGGACUUUGGAAACAGUUGGAAAGUAUCUCAGAGCUGCCCGGAUGCAAAGGAUAAUAGGAAUCCCUGCAUUUCCAACCCAUACAGACAGUCCUGGGCUCAGAAACAGUGCAGCAUCAUCAAGAGUCAGAUUUUUACAACCUGCCACACUCAGGUGGAUCCCUCACCUUUCUAUGAUGCUUGUGUGAGAGACUCAUGUGCUUGUGAUAGUGGUGGAGACUGUGAAUGUUUCUGCACUGCUGUAGCAGCCUAUGCAGAGGCUUGUAAUGAGGCAGGAGCCUGUGUUGCCUGGAGAAGUCCAACAAUCUGUCCACUUUUCUGUGAUUACUACAACCCACCUGGUGAGUGUGAAUGGCACUACAAUCCCUGUGGAGCUCCCUGUAUGCAGACUUGCAGGAAUCCCUCUGGUAACUGCUCCACUCAGAUACCACCACUGGAAGGAUGCUACCCUAAAUGUCCUCUUGAUCAGCCAUUCUUUGAUGAGGACACAAUGAAGUGUGUGACAAGAGAGCAAUGUGGCUGCUACGACACACAAGGAAAACAUUUCUCCAAUGGAGAAACAGUCCCCACCACAGAGAACUGUCAAACAUGCUACUGCAGUUCUUCACAAGUAAACUGCAAAUAUGAUGUAACAGCUUGUACUUGCUCAUUCAAAGGAAACACAUACUCUUACGGCCAGACCAUAUAUAAUACAACAGAUGGGCUUGGUAGUUGCAUCACAGCUGUCUGUGGAGAGAAUGGAAUUAUUGAAAGGAACAUGUACCCUUGCCCAGUUGUGACCACACCAGUUACAACUCCAUCUACAUCAACUACUUCCACCACUGUUACAACAAGUCUCAACACCAGGCCCAGUUGUGACCACACCAGUUACAACUCCAUCUACAUCAACUACUUCCACCACUGUUACAACAAGUCCUACCACCACAACAACAUUUACACCUUCACCAUCCACGACACAACCAACAACAGGCCCAGUUGUGACCACACCCACGACAACUCCAUCUACAUCCACUUCAAGCUGUACAACCUGUAA